GUCCAGAACUCGUUUAAUCAUAACAUUGAUAAUGUGACCACUGUGCUACCGAGUCCAAAAUACGAAACAGUGUUUGUGGAAUUAUAUAAACAAUAUAAUUAAAUGAGGGCAAUGGAUAAAAUAAAACUUGUGCUACUGGUGAUUGUGGCGUACUUACACCAACAUACUUGGGGAAAAUGCACUUCAGAAGACGACGGAGAUAACGCGGUUAAUAUAGUGUGUUCAAGUAAUGAUAUAGGCCUAGAAACAGAACUUUCAUUCCUACAAUAUCGCUCGUAUACUCUAAACAGAGUAAAUAUAUUACUAAAUGGUAUCUACAACCAUCCCAUAAUUACUGAAGGCGUCUUAAAGGAAUUGUUUACACCUAUUGUAACACUCACUGUAACCAACACCAGAAUAUUAGACAUCGAUGAAGCUCUCGUAUUAGUGAAUGUUACUGAAUUAAGUAUUCUUGAUUGUUCUCUCACAAAAAUUAAAUUUGAUGAUAUACUAAUUUUGAAACAGACAAAAAAAUUUAAUGUCUCCCAGAAUUCGAUAUCAGUUUUGAAAAGUGCCAAACCAGAUAAAGAUCAGCAACUAAUGGAAACUGUUGAUUUGAGCUACAACUUAAUAACCAGCGUACCUGACAACUGCUUUGCUAGUUUUAGCCAUCUGAAACAUUUGAAUUUAUCACACAAUUCGAUAUCUCACCUUUCUGCAGCUGCCUUUGUAGGCUUGUCACAACUCGAGUCACUUUACUUGUCAUACAACAAGCUAUCUAGCAUUGCAAACAUCGCAACCAAACUUAGGAAUUUGAAAAUUUUACACGUAGAUUAUAACUAUAUUUCAAAAAUAGACGAUUUAAAUUGGAUGAUUAAUCUAGAAGACGUUAGGCUUGGACACAAUGAGAUAAAAACAAUUGAUAAUGAUGCUUUUCAAACAUUGUCAAAAUUAAUAAUAUUGGACUUAACUGGCAACAAAAUCGAAUGGGUUCGGUCACAUUUUGUUUAUAACAAUAAUUUACGGGAACUUCGUUUGACAAAUAAUGAUCUUGUAGGUAUUUAUAGAAACGCUUUUGACGGUAAGAGAUUUGCAAAUUUAUUUUUGAAUGGUAACAAAUAUCUUCUACUACUAGAACCGUUCGGUGGUCUCGUAUGUGACUAUUUAGAUCUGAGUAAUAGUGACCUAAAAGACAUUGAUAAUAAUACUUUUAGUGGCGCGACGUUGCGAUCCAUUAAUGUAAGCACAAAUGCAUUAUCCGAAAUAGGGAUGUCAACAUUCUCAUUUGUAAAAGAUCUUCAAGAACUAGAUUUGUCCAAUAAUGAAUUGGGAACAUUGGCCUUUUUAAUGCCCGGCGUAACUAACUUAAAGAAAUUUUAUUUUCAAAUAAAUAUGCUUGAGAAAAUAUCGAAUAAUACGUUUGCUAAUGUGUCUUCUUUAGAACUUUUAGACUUAUCGUACAAUUUGAUUCAAUCAAUCGAAUCUGGUGCUUUUAUGCAACUAAAAAAAAUGGAAAUUCUAUUAUUACACAACAAUCGCUUGUUUUCUAUACAAAUAAUAAAUCUACAAGGGUUAUCUGCAUUACUAAAAUUUGACAUUUCGUAUACUGAAAUUGGUAAUUUUACGAAAGCAGCCAUUUCUGGCUUAAAAACAACAACAUUUAAUUGUUCCCAUGCUGAAUUAUCCCAUAUACAUUUUGAUACAUUUGCUGAAGUCGAACAUAUUGAAAUUUUAGACUUGUCGUAUAAUUCUCUGGUUACCUUCGAAAUCAAUCCAAAAGGCAUGUCAUCAGUAGAAUCACUGUUUCUUAAUAAUAAUAAAAUUACAUCAAUUUCAAAUAUAUCGUUCGCUGGGUUUACUGAACUUCAAACACUGCACUUAGAGUUUAAUAAUAUAUUAAACGUACACCCAAAAGCAUUUCAUGCAUUGAAAUCUCUGAAGAUUAUGAACUUGUCUGAUAACAGAGACUUGCAAGUUACUGGCGACGUAUUUUCCAAUCUAAGAGGUUUAGCGUCGUUAACUAUAAUUAAUAACAAGAAAAGUUUUGAUUUUCAACACACAGAGAAUGCCUCUAUUGAAGAAGUUGACCUAUCUUCAUGCGACAUUGCAGACCUUGGGUCGUUGUACAUAUUUAAUAUUAACGGAGUGGUUUCUUUGAAUUUAUCUAAGAACUUAAUUAGUUUUAUUGAUACGAAAUCCUUUAAAACGAUGCCUAAGCUAGUAAUGCUUGAUAUUAGCUUCAAUUUGAUUAAAACAAUUGAACCCGGUUCAUUCAUCAAUACUAAAAAUAUUGUAGUUUUGAAUGUACACAAAAAUCAAUUGACAGAUUUUCAACAUGGCGUAUUUCAAGGACUAACAAAUCUGCAGACAUUAAAUCUUUCUAACAAUUUGAUACACGACUUCAAUGUUAAUCUUCUACACAGUUGUACUUUAUUAAAAGAAAUAAGUUUUGAAAAUAAUUUAAUAACUAAUUUAGAGUUUAAAAAAUUUAUAUCCUUGACGAAUAUGAAGAAAUUUUACAUAGGUGGCAAUAAUAUUUCUUGCCACGACAUAGCUAGUUUUAAAAAAUAUUUGCAAGAUAUGUAUUAUAGUUUCAAUCUGGUAACGAGUGAAGCUCCAAAUUACUAUACUGCCAAUGUAGACGGAGUUACUUGUAGACCAGAUAACUACACAGGUAAUAAUGAGACAAAUUGUACUAUGAACAUAACAUACAUGUCUAAGUUUACAGAUACUUUAGAAGAAAUACGUAAAUCAAUUAAUAAUUUUAAUGAAGAUUAUUAUGUCAAAGGUAUAUUUAAUAUUUUAAUUGUUAUUUUGGUUGCGUCGAUAAUUGUCUUAGUUGUGAAGUAUGUUCCAAUACAAAGGUUUUGUUUAAUAGCUAGGACGCCAUUCAAUGGUACUUUGUCCCAUAAUUUUAGUUAUAAUAAUAUGACGCAAAGUAUUUCGGCUGACAAUGAGGAAGUUCCAAUCAUUUGAAGAGCAACGGUAAUAAUAAACAUGGAACAUAAGCUCCACAUCACAGAGUAAAUUUGACCCGGACAAGCUGGAUAUACCAGGGGGUGCAAUUUAAGGGAGUAAUACGCCCGGGAUAGCGGAGGGAAAGACCAACUGGCAGUGGACGAUGGCCAGAUUCAUGCCGGCUAUGCAGCUCAUGACAGAAAGUUGGUAGUAAGGUUGUUAGUUAUUUGAGUAGGUAGUUAUAAUAACACAAUAAUAAUAACAACGCACACACUCCACAAAUGUAGUAACCGGGUUAUGUAGCGUUUAUAGAAGUGAGCGGUGAUGAUGUUGGGAUUCGCAAUACGUUAGUGGUCCACCUUGGGUGACAUAGUAACCAUGUCGUUAAUAAUAAAGUUUCAACAAAAUCUAAUUUUAUCGGAAUCGAAAAAUUACUUACUUCGUGCAAAUAUUAAAUACAUUUGGAACAUUGUCAGAAGUUAUUUGAUUAGAUUUAGUAGCUAAUUUUAGAAUAAUUAUUUUAUCACUUAGAGGUAAACUUAAGGUGAUUCCUAAUAUUUUUUUCUAAUUUAUAAACUUACUUGUUUUGUACGAGAGUUAAACGAAUUUUGUUAUUAAAUUUGUUUCAUUUAUGGUCACUACUAUCAUGAACCCAAAUAAAAUACUAAUUAUUGAUGUAUCUUAUUUAUCUAGAAUAACCAUUU